AUGCCCGGUCGCCUCAGAGUUCGACGUCCAUCUCCGACGACCGUCUCCUUUACCGUCUCAGACGCGCCUCAGCGCGACAGCUCCCCCGCGAAGAUCCUGUUCGGCCUUCAAAUCCUCCUCCGUGCAAUUCUAUUCUUCUGCGUCAUCUUUGUCGGGAUUGCCCGUCUUCGAGGUUCCUUCUUUCAAGAGAAUGGCAGAUAUGUCCGCUGGACCGAAGUGUGGUCGAGUCCGCUUGGGCUCAGUGUCUGUCGCGUGGUCGAUGCAUACAACCCGUGGGCUGUGGCGGCGACCUGCGCAUUGGUGAUCUACGGGGUUUUCUGGCGGGGCUAUACUGAGGAGUCCCUUUUGGUCAUGCGUGGCUUCGGGAUCCAGACAGCCACGUCGUCCUCGACAUAUCUAUCCACGGCAUCGACCAGGUUCAUCCCGACCACACAGAUCCAGGACAUUGUGAUCCAUGAAGCUUUCAAGGGCUUCGAGGUCCGGUUCUACUUGGCCGUGAUCGUGGAAGGGCAAGCAGAUGUAGUGGUGGUUUUCCCACAAUUACUACCCAAACGGGAGAUCUUGGAAGAAGUCUGGAGAGGAUCAAGGCGAUGUCUUUACGAUGUGAAAUCAUGA